AUGGAUGAGGAAGUUAUUAAAGAGCAAGAAGAUGGCUUAAGAGGAGAUAUAUUGGAUUUAAAAGCCCAGAUUGAAGAAAGCGAAUUGAUUUACGGGAUUCCGUCCAAAGGAAUGGGCUCAGUUUAUGUACCAAAGGACCUGGAGUACUUUAGUCGUGAAAGAAAAUGUGCUUUGCAUAAAACCAUGCAGGUUCUUGAGCCUCAGUCGAUUUUUCUCCAGGCAGACCUCAUGGUUAAAGAAUUAGAUGCUUCAUCAAGGCGUGAGUAUACGGAAAAAUCACUACCCAUUCUUUUGCAUCAAUUUUUUAUCGACAGGAUGCAUCAGAUGGUUAUCCUUAAGCACUGUUAUCUGCUAAGGUGGAAGCGCUACUGUUUCUCAACUUCGGCAAUCGAAUCCAUAUGUUCAGAGUACCUUGAUAGAUUACAACAACUUACAAACGAAUACCUAGAUGCCAGUUCUAGGGCACGCAGGCUUGCUUCAACUACAGAAGGGUUGUUGACCGGUUCAGAUUGUGGUAUUGAGGACGUAACGCGUGUGCAAGAUGCGUUACGUCAUCAUGUAAUGGUUAUCCCACAUUCACCAAAAAUACGAACAGUAUCAGUUUUAUCUCAUAAAGACGGUCAAAAUACUGUUGAGAUAUUUAAGAAGAUUUAUACAAAUCCUGAAUUAUAUUCGAAAUUGACCAGUUCCCAAGAAAAUGAUGUACAUAAAAUCAACCAUACUAAAUUGACGUGUACCUUCCGAUUUUUUCUGCAAAUAAAGGGUCAUAGCUUUUUAUUUGUAUGUAAUAAAAAGUUGAAUUCGUUUGUUGCAAUCAGUAAUAUCACACAGCGCGAAAUUGUGAUUUUCCGGCACGUCCGUGCAAUGCUAGUGCUUCUUCUUUAUCUGUCGUUUUCCAAAGUAGUACAUUCAUCUUACCACAUCAGAGAUAACUCACUCGUCCCUCCAUAUUCAAGCCCUCACUGGGUACCUUAUGGAUCAACGAUUAUUGAACCUCAGUUUGUACGCCUAACUUCUGAUGUAAAAAGUAAUCAAGGAGGUAUUUUCAAUAUAAAACCUUUAUUUGCUCGUGAUUGGGAGGUGGUUAUUUUGUUCCAUGUUCAUAGUCCCAAAACUCUGGUCGGUGAUGGAUUUGCUUUCUGGUAUACUCAACAUCCUCCUUCAAGUGGACCAGCAUUCGGCAGUCGGGAUAAGUUCCGUGGGUUGGCCGUUUUCUUUGAUACUUACGCUAAUCAAAAUGGCGACCAUAGUCAUGAGCAUCCUUAUGUCAGCGCAAUGAUUAACGAUGGAUCUAAACACUAUGACCAUGAUAAGGAUGGAACUUUAACUGAAUUAUCUGGUUGUUCAUCUAAUUUUCGUAAUAAUGACUACUCAAUGGCCACAAUUCGUUACGCUAAUAACCAGUUGAAGGUCUCUUUGAAAUAUCAAGGUGCUACAGAUCCUGUGGACUGUUUCACAGUUGACGGAGUACGUUUACCUACUGGCUAUUUUAUUGGAAUAUCAGCCGCUACUGGUGACCUUUCAGAUAAUCACGACAUAUACUCUAUUCAUACUUAUGAACUGGAUGUUGGUCGGAAAGUUUUCGGAUAAAUUCUACGGUAAAAUCUAAAUACUAUACUAUCCAUUCAAGUGCUUAAUUGUCAUUAACCAAGCGGAUGAGUACCUCAUGUACAUUUGUUUCGGUUCAACAAGUGAAAUCCUCAAAUCCCAUCUUUUGAAAUUUCUUUGUUAUACAAUCGUACACAAUCCAUAUAUUCAUGAAAUCGUGAAGGUCACGUAUAACGGAUGAGUUACAACCAGUUUGAAAUCAAAAUUUCUUAUCGAAUAUUUUUACAGGUUUGAUGAUGAAAACACUUUGAAUCAAUGCAUUUAACGUUUUUUCUUGCCUCUCGACGCUAUUGUUUUCGUAUAGGAAACAUUCCCCAUUUGAUUUCACAUAGUUCCUACAUAAAACACUCAUCAUGUAUAGGGAAACAACGGAAUGAGUGGGUUAAAUGUUGAUUACUAGGAAAGCAUGGCAAACCAGUUGAUGAGGGUGUGAAUCUUCAUCGAAUUAGAUGGCUAGAACAUGUGACCUAUGCCCAACAAUCGCUUACCUCGAUGCAUAAUGCUGGACAGCGUAGGAGUAGGUUGCAAAAAAUGAGUGGCUAAAUCAAGACGUCGCGCCAGUCCAUAAACCCAUUGAUUGUUAAACUAAGCUAUGUUAAGUGUUGCCGAAUACUAUCUGCUUUGUGUUUGUUUAUUGAAUCCGAUCACUGGAUGACGAUUUUGGAUAACAUGACUCACAAUCGGUCUCAGUGCCAUAAGUUUCUUCACUCUUCAUUUUCCGUUUGACCUAGAGUUUCAGUGUUCCUUUGUAUAUACUUUGCUACUUAUUUUCUUUUGAACCAUAUCCAUCAGCAUUUACUCUUUCUCAUUGAUGCUACUGUUAUCAGGACUCUUUCGCCACUCAUUUUGUUAAUUUCUCCUAUGUAGUGAUGGCAAAUAGGAACCUAGACUAAAGUACGUUUGCCCUUCAAUACAUUGUUUAUCUCUGACUGGUUUUGAAAUGUUUCUGACAAAAUUUUCUAUUUCUAAUGUAACUCAUUUGAAUCUGGUUGGUAUUCAAUUACAUAACGUUUAUUGCAUCAUUUUUCAAGUAAUGAUUACAAGUAAUGAUAUAAAGUAAAUUCUUCUAAUGGAAUAUACAAAACCCAAAUAUAAUUAUUACCUUUUUCAAGUUGAAAUCAAUGUGUAUUAUACAGUGAAGUAAGAUGAUCACUUAAUUGCCUUAAAAAUAUAAUUUGUGAGUAGAAAGUAUCAAAAACUCAUUCCAAGACUAAAAUAAACACAAACACCUUUCCGUAAAAUUCAAUUGCAAAACUAUAUUUCUUUAAAAUAAUAUUAACUUAUGCAUGAGAAAUUCUGUCUUCAAAUGAUCUUUCUCCAUCGCACAAUAUUGUUUUUGUACUUGACAAAAUUUAUUUUGUGUGAGUGGUUCUUUUUAAUAAGUAAUGCAUCAUAUCGUACUGUGCUUAACAGCAGGUUUUGUGUUAAUAUGUUUCAAUUUGUGUAGUCUUGUAUGAUCAUAUAUUGUUUCACGUAAAUUUAUGAAUUACACUUGGUAAUAAUUGACCUCUU